AUGUCGUUUGAAAUAACGUUUCUCGGAACUAGCGGUGGCCCUUUAGAAGGCAACACAUGCUCGAUUCUUUUAAAGUCGGCUAAUAUCUCAUAUCCACUGAUUCUCAACCUCAACAAUCUCAAAGAAGAAGACUUUCAAGAUGAGCUACAUUCUAAAGAGAAGGACCAACAAGAGGACCAACAAGAUGAGCUGCAUUCUAAAGAGAAGGACCAACAAGACGAGUUAAUUUGUAUAGAUGCUGGAUCAGGUAUGGGAAAAUUAGCAGAGAUAAUUCAUCAAGAGAGCAAAUUUCAAAAAUCCUGGUGUAGUUUACUCAACUACUAUCCAGAUUCCGAAGAUAUUGAAUACUAUUACCAUCACACAAUUCAACUAACUCAACCAUUCAGCAAAUUGAGCAAGUUUAAUGCGAUAUUGUGCAUAAAGUACAUAUACCAAAAAUUAAACAAUUUUCUAAUAUCUCAUCCUCAUUUAGACCAUGUUUCCUCACUAGUCAUCAACUCCGCUGGUUUUACUACAAACAAUCCGCCAAAACGGGUUUAUGGAUCCAAAUACACCAUGAAUUCGCUACAGCGUCAUUGUUUCAAUGGAGAAGUGUGGCCCAACAUGCCCAGUUUUGAUGUCCUAUCAUUAAACCAAAUAAAGUAUAAAAAAAAUGUCAAAGUGGGGAAUUACAAUGUACGCAUGUUCCCCCUAAGUCAUGGUCAAUUAAACCUAAUAGAAGGAAAAAAGCAUAAAUCGACACUGUCAUCAUCACAUCAUUCAAGUGUGACAACCAUCCCCGCUGGUGUCAGUAAUGAUGAGUUUAUUAUGACAAAAAUAAGUCAAGAUGAAAAAAGAGACUCAAUAGGGAGCGGAAGCGGGCUCAAUAUAGAGGAUCUAGAUCAAGAUGCAGUAUCACUGCACUAUUUAUCUUCGGCAUUUUUGAUAUCACGAAAUAAUUCCCAUCUCUUGAUAUUUGGAGAUUUCGAAAGCGAUGCAACAAGUGGCUUGGAUUAUAAUUUACAAAUUUGGCAAGAAGUAGCACCAUUGAUUCUUCAAGGUAGUUUAAAAGCAAUCAUUCUUGAGUGUUCGAAUAGUUUUGAAAUUGAUGAGAAUAAAUUAUAUGGACAUUUAACUCCAAGACACGUCAUUAAUGAAUUGACACAAUUGUCUAAGGAAUGUCAAAAACUACAACAGCAGCAGCAACAGCAGCAGCAGCAACAACAACAGCAACAACAACAACAGCCACUCGUUGGACUUCAUAUCAUUAUAAAUCAUGUAAAAGAGCCAUUAUUAACGAACCUCCGAGAGAUUAAGGAUCCACGAAAACAGAUUCUUUUUGAAUUGAACAAACUCAAUGAUGAAGAGAAUAUAGGCUGUUUUUUUUCGGUUGCAUUGAGCGGUACCUCUAUUAUAGUUUAA